AUGAUGAGAACAGGCAUUACUAUUAUUCUAAUCUUUGUAUUUUGUGUAUCUGUUACGUUCACUCGACGAAUACAUGAUAUUAAUUUACGUGCGGCUUAUGAUCCAUCAUCUACUGCUGGUCUAACCCAAGCUUCUACUGGCACUGUGAGCGGUUAUGGUGAAGUUCUUUUUUCUGUGGAAAAGACAAAUCAAGUUGUUUAUGUGGAAACUACCAUGAUUGUUCCUCCUAAACAAGCUUCUAAAGGUACAUUAUUUUUAUGGCCCGGUUUACAACCUGGUGGAGCUAAUUUUGAUCCAAUCGAUAAUGGAGUAUUACAACCUGUAUUAACCUGGGGUACUUCAUGUGCUCCAGGUACUCAACCUGCAGCAUAUUCUACUUGGUGGAUUUCUGCACAAUAUGUCAACACCUAUGGCAAGUUACCAGGAGAAUUCUAUUUAACACCUUUAUCAUCAUAG